AAUUUGAAAUUAAACUAAAAAAAAUCUGAGAUCUGUAAUUAUAUAAAUUAAUAGAUUCUUCCGAAGAUAUAAAAAUCUCAUUCUUCAGCAAAAGCAAAAACCAACCAUGGAGGCUGUUCAAUUACCAACCACAACCAAACCACCCACAAACCCUAAAAAGCUUACUCUUCUCCCUCUCAUCUUCCUCAUCUACUUCGAAGUCGCCGGAGGUCCCUACGGCGAAGAGCCGGCAGUCAAAGCCGCCGGUCCACUCCUAGCCCUAAUCGGCUUCCUCGUCUUCCCAUUCGUAUGGAGUAUUCCCGAAGCCCUAGUCACCGCCGAGCUCUCCACCGCCUACCCCGGCAAUGGAGGCUUCGUCAUAUGGGCACAGCAGGCCUUCGGACCCUUCUGGGGUUCUCUCAUGGGAACAUGGAAGUUCUUAAGCGUCGUCAUCAACAUCGCAGCCUUCCCCAUUCUCUGCGUUGACUACAUGGAAAAACUCUUCCCUGUUCUCCAAUCGGGUUGGCCUCGUUACGUAACCAUUUUAGCUUUCAUUAUUAUCCUUGCUAUUAUCAACUAUAUAGGCCUCACAAUCGUUGGCUACGUAGCUGUGAUCUUAGCCCUAAUAUCGAUCUCACCUUUCGUGGUGAUGACUUGUUUUGCUAUUCCUAAGAUCAGGCCUCGGAGGUGGAUUAGCUUAGGGCAAAAGGGUGUGAAAAAAGACUGGGGUUUGUAUUUCAACACCCUUUUUUGGAACCUUAACUUUUGGGACAAUGUAUCAACUUUAGCCGGAGAAGUUGAAAACCCUCAUAAGACCUUUCCCAAAGCACUCUUCGUAGCCGUGAUCUUCACCUGUUUGUCGUACUUGAUCCCUCUUUUCGCGGUGGCCGGUUCGGUCUCCGUCGAUCAGAGCCUGUGGGAGACCGGUUUCCACGCCGAGGCAGCCAGAAUCAUAGCCGGGAAUUGGCUGAAAAUCUGGAUAGAAAUCGGUGCAGUGCUGUCGGCCAUUGGACUGUUCCAAGCCCAGUUGAGCAGCAGUUCGUACCAAAUCCUUGGCAUGGCGGAAAUCGGAGUUUUGCCCAAGAUUUUCGCCUACCGUUCGAAGAAAUUCAACACUCCAUUGUUGGGAAUCCUGGUCUCGACUGGUAUAGUCUUGGCAAUGUCGUACAUGGAUUUUGAGGUGAUAAUUGCUGCUGCGAAUUUCUUGUACAGUUUGGGAAUGUUGUUGGAGUUUGCCUCUUUUGUUUGGUUGAGGAGAAAGUUGCCUGAGCUGAGGAGGCCGUACAAGGUUCCGAUGGGGUUGGUUGGAUUGGUAAUCAUGUGUUUGAUUCCAUCUGCAUUUUUGAUCUUUGUCAUGGCCAUAGCCACCAAAGUUGUUUAUUUAGUCAGUGGAGUUAUGACUGCUGCUGGAAUUGUUUGGUUCUUCUUCAUCAAAUUUUGCAGAUCAAAGAAUCUUUGCCAAUUCAAUAGUAAUCAAUUUCAAGGAGAUGAAGAAUGAACACACUCAACAUAUAUACAAUAUAUAUUGGAUAAUUCU